AUGGAGGUUUCAGGCAUCGAGCACCGGCGAGAAGAGGGAGACAACCGCCUAAAGGGCAAUAGUGAUGCGGAGCACGCCACAGGCAGGACCAAGCGCAAGUCAAGAAUCAAGAAGCAUAUCAAAUGCGAUCUGAUCUCGGGGGUUUGCAGAAGAUGUCAGCGAACUGGCGAACGGUGCAUUCGCAGCAGGACGGGCAUCAGAUUUCGCCAUGGGUCCAGUGCCAGAUAUGACACCAAGGGCUUCUCGACGGAUCAGACCUGGUUGAAACCGAAGAAGGCGCUUGGUAUGGACGACUCCCUACAAGGAAAGUAUGCUGCUGACGCCUUCGCAGAACUAAAGUACAUCGAUGAGACUGCCGAGUUGACGGCAACAUAUGACGGGGAUGCAGAGUUCGACGAUGUCGACGACCUGAAUGCCGAAGAUGGAGAAGAAGACAGUAAUACAGCUGGCCCUUCUCAUACAGCCACAGAUUCAUACCGCACAGACAACGGCACGACAGGUUUUAGAAAUGCAGCACCGGGGAAUACCUCGAAUGCUGAUGUCACAACGUGGCCACGAGAAACGAGCAAACAUGCUGGGCUCGAAAGUAACAUCGAAUCGACUUUGGGGCCUUCACCUAACUAUGUGCGCAGCAACUGGAGUUCGCAGAGAUCCCUGCCGUUUUCGUCCCCUCUUCAGACUAGGCAGGAAGAGAUCGAGUCACCAAGUUCGCCGCUGUACACAGGCCUUGUGAAAAAACCAUCAAGGUCGUCCACCCAAUCAAUACACACGGUUUUGGAGGUGAUCCUCCUUCGAUACUUUGUGGAUCACCUUGCUCGGUGGUUUGACCUCUGUGAUCCGGAAAAACACUUCGAAUUCAUUGUCCCUCAACGGGCGCGUUGGUGUCCGCCACUGCGAAACGCGAUGCUUGCCGCUUCAGCGCGCCACCUCACCCGGGUUCGUCAUUCGAAGCUGGGACCGGAGAAUGUCUAUUACUUGGACGGUCAGCCGGUUCCGGACUUGACCGAAGAGUCGGCAUUGCACUACCACAGCGAAUGUAUAAAAGACUUGCUCAAACGGAGCCUCGACGCAGAACAAACCAGAGACGAGAACCUCUUGGCGGCAGCCAUCAUCCUCCGUUUCUAUGAGGAGAUCGAUUCGCCCCUCCGUGCCGAUGAGGAACGAGACAGUGAACUGUUCCUUCGGGUCAUGAACGUUUUUAUUGACGCACAGAUUCCUUCGGUCCCUCUUGUUCCGCAUAGCUCGCCCAUCAUCAACGGUCCGAAGGUUGGCCCGAUCGCGAGUUACAACGCUGUGCCGUCUCCCGAAGCAGUGAAUUCACCUUCUGUGCCCGUAGUUACAUCUCCCGCGCAGAACUUGGGCAGUUCUAUUGACGGCCAGUCGAGGUGGCGGGCAGAUGGACUGUGUCAGGCCAGUUUCUGGGUGGCAUUUCGCCAGGAGAUAUAUUCGGCCUUUUUGAAACAGCGGCCGUUCAACCACGACCUCUCCCGCUGUGAAGCCUUUCGAUCCUUCUCGCCCGCCGAGGACGCCGUGUGGGCAGAUAGACUGAUCAUUUUCUGCGCAGACGUGCUCGAAUUCUGCUACGGGAACAGUAACUCGAGCACGCGCCUGGACACCAAUCUCUCGACCACGGACAACUGGCUCUCCCUCAAGCAGUACGAGGAAAUGUGGCCAGAGGUCCUGCCAGCCUCGUUCGAGCCCCUCUAUUACCGAGACCCGGACAGGUCGAAGGGAGAGGUAUUCCCUGAAGUCUGCUACCUGGCCGAUUGUCACGUCACGGGCGUGCAGCACGUGGAACUGGCCAAGAUCCUGCUGGCGGUAUACGACCCGACGCGACCGAAGCUUGGACCGGGCCACGUGGCCAGCAUGAAGGCGCUGAGUCAGGAGUUGCGGACGAUCGUGCUCCGUCUGUGUGGGAUCGCCAUGAGCAACCGCAAGACGCCGCCGGGACUGGUGACGGCGCUUCUGGGCAUCGUGGUUUGUGGGGAUCACUUCGAGGACAGAAUGGAACAGGACGCCCUGUUUGGAAUCCUGGAUGAGCUGGAAUAUACGCACGCUUGGCCCAUUGGGAACACGAGGAAGCUGCUGAAAGACGCGUGGGGGACGACGUGA